ACACACAGACUCCUCUUCUCUUCUCUUCUCCACUCACAACCACCGCCAUCCACCGCCUCCGUCACAACGAGCAACCUCAAUACCACCUUCUUGUUCAUCUUCUCCUCUAUCACAAACUCUCUGUCAUUUAUCUACUUCACUCUUUCUAUGCUCACACAAAAAACCCCAUUUUCUAUCACUGAACUUUCUUCAACCCUAAUAAAUUUCUGUUUCUCUGUAUACAAUUAGAUUAAAAUGUUUUCAUCAUUCAUGGAGUAUUUCAGAAUUCUACCUGUGGAAAUCACAUUAGACAUUCUAGCUCGACUUCCAACCGAAGCGGUUCUUGAAUGCAAAUUAGUGUCCAAAACCUGGAACAAUCUUGUUUCUCAUCCAUCAUUCAGUCGGAUCCAUUUUCAUCAUAAUCCUCCUUCUACUGCUGAGUCGGGUAAGUUAAGCGUUCUUGCUUUAACUGGGGAUGCAAAAUUUCACUAUUUUGAUUAUACUGAGAAUCAUGGGUCAACACCCAUUGUCAGAAUUAGAAGAAUGAAUUUACCCUCUCCGUGGGAAUCUGUCCGCUUUGUUAGUUCGUGUAAUGGCUUGCUCUGUCUUUCUGAAUCCCCACGUUCACAAGUAACAAUUGUUAUCUGUAACCCCAUCACCAGAGAACAUGUUAGGCUUCCACAAAUUAAGUUUGAUUGUGAUAUUGAUGAUGUUUAUGGGACUAGCGGAUUUGGUUAUGUUUCUUCAACCAAUGAGUACAAAGUUGUAGUAAUAGUGUCUACCACAGUUGUAGAAGUCCACAUAUACACUCUAGGAAGUGUCAAUGGAUGGAGAAAACUAGAAAACUUAUACGAGUAUCUCCUAGACUGCAUAUUCCACUGGGAUCAAGGUGUAUUUGCCGAUGGAGCUCUCUAUUGGAAAGACAUUGAACCAGAAAUGAUAACGGCCUUCGAAUUGGCUGAGAAGGAGUUUGAUGAACUUCUUCCACCACCUCCUUUGCCACCAGAACCAGAAAGUGAGUGGAGUGAUCAUAAAAUAUGGUAAUCAUGACAAGAUAGAAGGGGAGGAAAAUCUAUCUUGGGUUUGGAGUAGGAUUCGCUUUGGCACAUUAUUGGCCAUUGCAAAGAAUGGUGCUGUUUUAACUCAAAAGGAUUGGGAUUUCAGCAUUUACGACACAAAAACUUCAACCUCGAAAAGCCUUGUAAAUUUGAAGGAAUAUAUUCGUGAAGUAAUCCCUCACAGAAACACCUUAGUUUCGUUGAAAGAAUUAGGGGAAGAAGAUACGGAGAUAAUGGAGUCAAUUGAAUUCACGGGACAGAUAGCUGUCAUCAGCCAGCUGUAAGAGGAUGAGACCCUGGAUUCCUAAUUAUAAGCUGGUAAGAUUUGUUGACUUGCAUCUAGUUGGGUAAGAGACAUAUGGGCUGAUUUAGGGGAUGUUAGUGGUGCACUUGCUAUUGCAAGUGGAAGGUUUCACAAUUCAAGGAAAGGUAAUUGCUACGUAUUUGAGUCAGGUUGCUGCUUCUGUAGCUGCCUUCAGUGUCAAGAGGUACGAUUUGCAGACAAAUGGUGAAUAACAACUCAAAUUUCUUGUAAAUUUCAUGAAGAACCAUCCAAAAAGCAUGUCUCGAGAUGUAAGAAUAGUGGCUGAUUUUGCAGGUGUUGAACGUUUAUUCACCGGAUUCUGCCAGUAAGAAUAGCGUGCCUCUUUAUCAGUGUUAUUUGUUGCCAAGUUUACCAUCACAUUAUGUGUAUCAGGAUCCAUUUACAAAAUUUUAAACUCUUUUGUAUUUUUCGAGUUUUCAUUUGAAAGUUGGCACAACUGUACAUGGGAUAUCAUGAUAUCUUCACCGUGUUCAGUCUUAAUAUUACAGUAAAAAUGUUUGAAGCAUUUUAUUGUCAUUUAGAGCAAUCAUAGUUUAGUAUAAAAUGACGUUGCGUAUUCACUUCGGCCAACAUUUAUCACUUCGGCCAAAAUGUUUGAAACUUGUA